AUGCUGCGUUGUGUGAAGCGAAAAUCAAGUAAGAGUAGGACACCGGUGACCGGUAGUUCAAGUGAAAGAGGCUGUUCCACAUUACCACGUAUGUUUCAUCGGUCGGAUAGUGAAGAAGAUAUUUCAGAAAAGCCGUCAUCUUCAUCUUCCAAUAGGUUAACAAGAUGGACAAUGGAAAAGAAAUCCGCUACAUUAACAGCUGGCUCCACAUUAUCUUCUGGAAAUGAGACAAAAUCAAAAAGCAAACCUUUCACAUUUCUGCGUACAUUAUCUUUGGGUUCAUUAUUUUCUCCCUCAAGAAAACGUCGAAAAGAUGAUUCAACUACCGCUUAUUCUUCAGGUUUAAUGUCACCUGAUGUAGAGUUACAAACAUUAUCAAAUGAGUCACAGACUAAUAUUCAACAGAGACAAAAUGAAACUGAUGUUAGUCCAUCAGAAGGAUCCCUAACACCAACGGCUGAUGAAACCUAUAGACCUCAGUUUUGUAAGCAAGAGUUAUACUUAGAGAAAUUAACAAGAGAUGCCUAUAACUAUCCAAGAGACGAGACAAAUAAAACUCCAACAGAUGAAAACCCACAUAUUGUAUCUGAGGGAAAACAUUUGAAAAGAUAUCCAGAUGAUCAGCACGAUUCAGGUCGAAGUUCAACCAGAGAAUCAGCAGAUGUUUCUGUAGCAUCUGAAGGACCAAAAAAGAAACCAGCCAUAAAUGGUUUGCCUAUUGAACUUGAAGCGAAAGCAGCACCACCUGAUAAACAUUGGCAAGUCUUACCUAAUUCAAAACAGGGUGAUAUUAAUCAAAGUUUUCUACGAGCAGCUAGGGCAGGAAAUUUGGAGAAAUUACGUGAAUUACUCAACAAAAUAACAGACAUCAACAUCUCGAAUACUAACGGACUGAAUGCGCUACAUUUAGCGUGUAAAGAAGGCCGAACUGACGUUGUAAAGGAAUUAUUAUCACAUGGCGCGUCAGUUUAUAUGAUCACAAGAAAAGGCAACUCUGCUUUACAUAUUGCUAGCCUUGCAGGACAUCUAGAGAUCGUAAAAUUGUUAGUUGACCAUGGGGCUGAUAUAAAUGCGCAGUCUCAAAACGGAUUUACACCUCUUUACAUGUCGGCUCAAGAAAACCAUGUUGAAGUUGUUCAGUACCUUCUGGACAAAUCUGCUAAUCAGGCUUUAUCAACGGAGGAUGGUUUCACACCACUUGCAGUAGCACUACAGCAAGGACAUGAUCGUGUUAUAAGUCUGCUACUGGAAAGGGAUUCUCGCGGAAAAAGUCGCUUACCCGCCCUACAUAUUGCUGCGAAGAAAGAUGAUGUUCAUGCUGCUAAAUUGUUACUCAAUAACAGCGAAAUAAAUGUGGAUCACACAUCGGCUAGUGGAUUUACUCCUUUACACAUUGCCGCUCACUAUGGGAAUGUUAAUAUAGCUAAGUUGUUGAUUGAGAAAGGAGCGAAUAUUAAUUACCAGGCAAAAAAUUGUAUAACACCGUUACAUGUAGCUGCUAAAUCGGGAAAGAACGAAGUUCUAAGCGAAUUGAUACUAGCAGGAGCUGAAGUAAAUAGUCGUACGCGAGAUGGACUAACACCUCUACACUGUGCAUCUCGUGUGGGUCAAACUGCUACGGUGGAAUAUUUAUUGAAAAAUGGAGCUGAUCACACUUUGAAAACAAAGAAUGACUUGACACCAUUGCAUUUAGCUGCACAAGGUGCUAAUGAAAGUGUUGUACGAUUACUAUUGCGGAAUGGUUCUAAUCCGGAUGAUGUGACCAUUGAUUAUCUCACCCCUCUACAUGUUGCAGCCCAUUGCGGUAACUUGGACGUGGCUCGUGCUUUAUUGAAUUCCCAUUGUAAUGUUAAUGCGAGAGCCCUGAAUGGGUUUACUGCACUUCAUAUCGCAUGCAAAAAGUCACGAGUUGAAAUGGCUUCAGUUCUUCUUAAAUAUGGCGCUCUACUUGAAGCAGCCACGGAGACUGGUCUCACUCCAUUACAUGUGGCUGCGUUUUUCGGGUGUACAGACAUUGUCUCAUUUCUUUUACAACAUGGUACGAAUGUGAAUCAAACAACUUUGCGUAAUGAAACUGCACUACAUUUAGCGGCUAGAAAUAAACAACUGGAGACAGUGAAAACUCUUCUUGGUUACCAGGCAAAUUUAGAUUGCCGUACAAGAGAUAAUCAAACACCCUUACAUGUCGCUGUCCGUACAAACUAUCUGCCACUUGUUGAAUUGUUAUUGAAUGCUGGUUCUGAUCCUAAUAUAAUGACAAAAGAUAAUUAUACACCAUUACACAUGGCUAUUAAAGAAGACUCAGAAGAUAUUGUUAGAAUAUUGAUUGAGCACGAUGCUAAUCCGGAAGUUAAAACAAAGAAAGGAUUUACACCCUUACACUUAGCAGCAAAAUAUGGUUCAUGCAAAACAGCUCAUUUGUUAAUGGACAGAGCAAAGUCUGAUCCGAACGCAACUGGUCCCAAUGGCUUCACGCCUGUACAUGUGGCCACAUAUUACAAUAAUAACAAAAUGUUGGAUAAAUUGAUAGAAUUUGGAGGUGAUGUCAAUCGACCUGUUAAGAAUGGCUUUACACCACUUCAUCUGGCAGCCAAACGAAAUCAUCUAGAUUCAAUCCAUUUAUUAGCAUCUAAAGGAGCCGUAACUGAUAAGGGUUCAAGGAACGGUUAUACACCACUUCAUUUAGCUUCACAAGAUGGUCAAAUCGAAAUAGUUAAAGUUCUUGUUGAAAAAUACAAAGCUCAAGUGAAUACUCCAGCCAAGGACGGUUUAACACCACUACAUUUGGCGGUACAGGAAGAUAAAGCUAACGUAGCCGAAUAUUUAUUAAGUUCAGGCGCAUCCAUUGAUACGAAGACACUGAAAGCUGGGUUUACACCGCUACAUUCAUCUGCUUAUAGGGGACAGCUCGCCUCUGUUCGUCUACUUCUAUCAUGUGUCCCUGAACAUCAACUUCCGCAAGUUAUAAACAGUCGCACUCAUAUGGGUUCAACUCCACUGCAUUUGGCAGCCCAACAAGGUCAUCUACAAGUAGCUCUAAAACUGAUUCAAAUGGGAGCUGAUCCAAACAUUUGUAAUAAGCAAGGAUGGACAGCAGCAAAAUUAGCUCAUAAGCAACAUUAUUUGAACUUGUUCGAAUUGUUGCAAUCAGUUACAACUAAUGGCGGUGACGGAGGUUUACCUAGUUCAAAUGGAAUAGAUGAUAAUGUAAAUCUAAUCCACGGUGUAAUGCCCUUAGAAAAAGCGGAAUAUAUGACUGAUCACAUGAUCUCAGAUAGUGAAGAUGAAGCCGACCUUUUAUCUACACCAGCAAUGUUUCGACAUCCUGAACAACGUAAAGAAACGUUAGAUGAACCAGAUAACGAUAUAACAUCAAUUCCAAGUACACCAACUUUGGAUAAUAAACUCAUAUCAGUCCGCCCAACAACACUGCGUAUUCCUGAAUAUUUAACUGCCUUAGGAGGUGAAACUCUUUGCUCUGGUCUUCAUGAAAGUAUGACCGCAGAACAUGUGAAGCCAAUGCUCAAUGGAAAAGGUGAAACAGCUACAGCUUCACAACAGCCAGUUCAGAUGACAAUUAAUGCAUCUUCACCUGCCGCUCUAUCAGAAUGGGAUUUCGAUGUAGAUAAUGUGCAUUCGACGAAGAAUUUAGUUAAGUCGGGGUUUCUUAUCUCUUUUAUCAUCGAUGCUCGAGGUGGCCUUGUCGAAGCUCAAAGACGACCUGGUUUACGAUUUCUUGUACCGCCUAAUGCACCAUCUGGACCACUACGUAUAAUUUGUCGUUUACUCCGCCCAGAAGCGAUUGACAAUCCACCAAUUUUUAAUGACGGUGAUUGCUUAGCCUGUCGGAUUAUUGAAAUGAAUCCAAACCAGAUGCGCUUCAGUUUACCUAUACUUGUUGAGGUGCCUCAUAUAGCAUCUAUUAAAGGAAGAGAACGUGAAAUUAUAAUUGUUAGAAGUGAAACGGGAAAUUCAUGGAAAGAACACACAUUAGAAGCAAAUGAGCAGGCGAUAAAUGAUUCGUUGGGUGAUGCAUUUGAUCAUUCUGACUUGAAUACUUCAAGUCUUAACAAACGCAUUCAUCGAAUUUUGACCUACGAUCUUCCACAAUAUUUCGCGUUAAUUUCGAGAUUUCGUCAAGAGGUUGCUUUCAUUGGUUCAGAUGGUGGAAUUAUUAGCUCCACCGUAGCACCACAAGUCCAAGCUGUGUUUCCUCCAGGAUCACUUCAAAAAAGAAUUAAAGUUGGCUUGCAAGCCCAAAUUAUUCCUAAUGAUGUCAUCAACCGUUUAGCGGAUGGUCGUGUUUCUGUAUCUCCUGUCGUAAGUAUUGAGCCAAGACGACGCAAAUUUCAUAAGCCCAUCACACUUACGAUACCGGUUCCACGUCAUUCAGCCAAAACUAUUCCAGAUACAACAAACAGCUCACCAAAGGUUCGACUUCUAUGUAGUCUAUCUGGUGGAAUAAAUCCAGCCGUAUGGGAAGAUAUAACUGGUUCAACACCUAUGACACAUCAUAAAGAUUGUGUUUCAUUUACUACAACUGUUUCUGCUAGAUUGUGGUUGAUGGAUUGCCCACCUGAUAUUCCGGUUACAGAGCUAGCAACUCGCAUUUACGAUGAAAGCAUUGAACCACCGAUUUUGGGGAGAUUUGUUAUUUAUGCUCGUCAGUCGACCGAUCUAGAAACAGAAGUUGAACUAAAAACGCCAGAUAAACUACAAAGACAACUUCCUCAUGCUCAAGAUAUGAAGAGAAGUAUUUCACGCACCAAAACGUUUACAACCGAAUUCGCUCAAAUUAGGUGCAUUUGCCUGACAGACGGCAACAAUGACAAAACCCUGGAGUGUUUAGAACAUUACUGUCAAGUUGCGAUCGGUCCAUUUGUAGAGAUUCAACAAAAUAAGCCUAUCUGGAUUGAAAUGGUUGGAAAUCUGGUACCAGUGUUAAGAUCUGAUGAACAGUUGAACUUUGCCAUUCGGCCAUUCCAUGAUAACAGAAUUACAUUCCCAGUUCGAUUGCGAGACGUACUGGAUCAUGAACCAGAUUCAAGUACAGUUACUGGAAAAAUUGCAUUUGUACGUGAACCACGCAAAGCUCAAACAACUAUGGAUAUGACUAGCGCACAACAGCAACGUCUAAUCACUCUAUUAGAAUUCAAGCUACCAAUUCCAGAUAAAACUAUUGUGAUAUCUACAAGAGAUAAUCGUCUGGCUGACGCGCUCACUAAAAUAAAUCAGUUUGACGCUAUUCCUCCAGUCAUGACUGACUUACACUCAAUAACGACGAAAGAAGAAAGAAGAACUGAAACUGACGUCUUCGAGGGACGACCUAUCCUGCCAUUGGUUGCUAAAGAAAUUUUACCACAAGUAACAUUAAACGAAGUACUGACAUAUCCGAGACGUGAAGCAAUAAAUAGUUCUUUAGACAUGAAAUAUCAGAAAAUGGAAGAAAAGAGAAAACAAGAAACAGAUACAGUGUUUUCUUGGUCUGAAAAUGCAUUUCUUUCGUCAGAUGAAGGUGUUUCGACCAUUUCGGCUUCUGGCGAAACAGAUGAUCUUCGUAAACCAGAAGCAACAGUUUUACAGUCUGUUUCUCAGGCUGAUGUUACAGACCAAGAAAAACUUCCUGUUGAUGUUCAUACUGUUCCAACCAUGUUUACUUCGGUUGAAAAUGCAUCAGAUCAGAUAUUAGUGUUAAGUCACUAUGACGACGUCACUGAAGAAAAACCACAUGUUCACUGGCAAGAAGCUUUGCUAACACAUUUGGAAUCAGUUGGCGUUCGUUUAGAUUUACCAACAAAGUUCAGUCAAUUAGCAGACAAGCAAAUCGAAGAAUCAGAUAGUCAAAUAACAGAAGUUUUCAUGAAACCAAUAUCUCAAUAUGUUGAACAUAAAUCUACUUCAACUGACAGAAAACAGAUAAAAUAUGUCGUACAAGAAUUAUUAGAUGCCAUUGGACCACAAUUCGUCGACACCGCUUUAGUUGAACAACUACUGCCAACUGAUCGUGGAGAAAUAAUGGAAGAUAUAAUUGAACCUAGAACAUUUGAUCGUGAGGAACAGACAAUCUCACUUUUGAAGGAUUCUCAAAGAGUUAGAACCAUAUCGACGGUAACACCUUCUCAAUCCCCUCCUGUUCAUAGUACAAAUAAAAGUGGAAUAUCCGAAUCUAUAGAUACACUGAGUACUGAGUUCAUUAUUCCACAAAUCUUUCCUACUGAAGAAGACAUGUCAACUGAGGAGGUCAUCAAAGUUAGUAGAGUCCAAGAAACAGAUGAAGCACUUAAAAAACGAGUCUCAACUAAACAAUCAUCUAUAAUGUCAUCUACAAUAGCAAUGGAAGAAGACAGCAGCAUAUCUCCACAAGAAGUGAAUGAAGAAUUCCCUGUUCCGUGGUUAGAAAACUUGCAGGAUGAAGAAUCAUUCGAAAAUGCUUAUCAGAGAGCAGUACUAACGAACAAUAUUCAACAAAUCGACAGAGUUCAAACUUGCAAAAUCACAGAACCUGAAGUCUUAAAAAUGAAAUCUGAUAUUAAAAUACCUCCCACCGUAAACGAACCUCAGAUUCCAUCACCAUAUAAGUCUCAUUCAGAUUCGGUCAGUACCGAAGUAAUCCAAUCAAUGCCGAAAGAAUCGCGUAAAAUCGAAGAAGUUGAGGAAGUUCUACCUGACGGUACGGUUGUCACAAAACGCACAGAAUCUGAAGAAACCACUCUCUCAGUUACUCCGGAUGAAUGGAAAUUGGGUGUACAGGCAGCAAUUGAGUCUGGAGGUUAUUUGGUUGAAAAACCAGAAGAAAUCACAGAAGUGGAACAAGUUGACGAAACACUAGCUGAUGGAACUAUAAUAACUCGCUUAAUAACAACAAAAAAAGUGGUUGAUAGAGUUUUUGAACGUUCAAUUUCAGAAGAGCAGUCCGUAUCAUCUGGUGUGAAUGAAGAAUUGUUUGUAGAAACAGAUUCAACGAUACCUGAAGUUUCAAUUACAGAAGACCAAUUUUUCUAUCAUGACCAAAAACUUCAAGAAGAACAGAAUAAUGAGGAAAGUCAGGACGUAAAUCAACCUGACUUAAGUAAACCAGGGUCUAUUUUACCAAAUUCAACAGACAAUAAACGGAAAGAGCAAAUAACUAUUUCAGAGACUGGUAGAAAAACCAACGAUAUCAAAGAUAUACUAACUGAAAAUGAAAUACAAGUUACACAAUCCGGGCAUGAUGGAAAAUCAACACACGUAUUCAAGAAAGAAUACAUAAUUUCAGCAGAAGAAACAGAACUUACAGAAACAAGGAAAAAUAGACAAUUACAACACGCAACACUAGAACAGGAAGAUUACACAAUGGGCGAAGCAAAAAUAGAAGAAAAUACAAACGAAACGGAACGAAAAAUAGCAGCCAUUAAAACAAAUUCAAAGGACCUAGAAGAAAUUGACGGCGGCGCAAUCAAAAAAUCAAUAUACAAAGAAACGAAGUACAACAGAAAUAUGCUUGAUGAAAACCAAAUACAAAGCGAAAUAGGAGUAAUAACAAAAAUAAAAGAAAGAGCGAUGCAAGAAAGUAAAAUAAAACAAAUGACACACAUAAAAAGUCUGAAUGAUGAAAAAGAAAACAAAAAAAUACAUGAUAAUCAACAACCAAAAACAUAUGAACUGAAUCAGGGAACACAAAUAAAAAAAUAUCAAAUACAAAAAGACGAAGAAAAAGACAAAACAGCAAACUAUAUAACAGGUGAAGGUGUGAUCGAAGCGGAAGGUGGUGAAGUUGGUGAAGGCGUAUUUGAAGGGGAGACGGAAGCCGAGUCGGCAGUCGAAGUGUUCGGUGAGAGAUUGGGGCAAGUUGAAGCGGACGCAGAAAGUGAAGCGGUAGAACAGGUUGAAUCGGAACGUGUGUCUGUGUUCGCUCCAGUCGAAUUGGAGUCUGAGGCGCUUGCAGAGACUGCAGCACAACCGGAACGGGAACGAUUGGUUGAGCGUGUCGGUGAGAUGGAGGCGGAAUAUGGUGAAGUUGGUGAAGGCGUAUUUGAAGGGGAGACGGAAGCCGAGUCGGCAGUCGAAGUGUUCGGUGAGAGAUUGGGGCAAGUUGAAGCGGACGCAGAAAGUGAAGCGGUAGAACAGGUUGAAUCGGAACGUGUGUCUGUGUUCGCUCCAGUCGAAUUGGAGUCUGAGGCGCUUGCAGAGACUGCAGCACAACCGGAACGGGAACGAUUGGUUGAGCGUGUCGGUGAGAUGGAGGCGGAAUAUGGUGAAGUUGGUGAAGGCGUAUUUGAAGGGGAGACGGAAGCCGAGUCGGCAGUCGAAGUGUUCGGUGAGAGAUUGGGGCAAGUUGAAGCGGACGCAGAAAGUGAAGCGGUAGAACAGGUUGAAUCGGAACGUGUGUCUGUGUUCGCUCCAGUCGAAUUGGAGUCUGAGGCGCUUGCAGAGACUGCAGCACAACCGGAACGGGAACGAUUGGUUGAGCGUGUCGGUGAGAUGGAGGCGGAAUAUGGUGAAGUUGGUGAAGGCGUAUUUGAAGGGGAGACGGAAGCCGAGUCGGCAGUCGAAGUGUUCGGUGAGAGAUUGGGGCAAGUUGAAGCGGACGCAGAAAGUGAAGCGGUAGAACAGGUUGAAUCGGAACGUGUGUCUGUGUUCGCUCCAGUCGAAUUGGAGUCUGAGGCGCUUGCAGAGACUGCAGCACAACCGGAACGGAACGAUUGGUUGAGCGUGUCGGUGAGAUGGAGGCGGAUAUGGUGA